AUGGCAGAAGCAAUUCUGUAUGGUGUUGCAGUAGAAGUCCUGAAAAAAAUGGGAUCAAUGACACUUGAUAAGACUGCAUCAGCUUGGGGAUUCAAGGGUGAGCUCGAGAAGCUCAAGAACAGUAUCUGCUCUAUCAAAGAUUUCCUGAUGGAUGCUGAGGAGAAGCAAGCUGAUAGCCAUGCUGUCCGCGGUUGGCUUGAGAGGCUUGCCACUGUGGUAUAUGCUGCAGACGACUUAUUCGAUCAGGUCGCUACAGUUGCAUCAAGAAAGCAGCUCAUGGGCAGAAACAAACUAGUUAAUGAGGUACAAACUUUCUUCUCCCAGUCCAAUCAGAUCGCAUUUGCCAUCAACAUUUCCAGGAAGAUUAAAAUAAUUAGACAAGGGCUGGAUGAUAUAGUGAAUGACAGUGCCCAAUUUGCCUUCAUAGCCCGCCCUGUAGAGGAAAAAGGCAUAGUAUGCAAGAGGAGGGAUCAAACCUAUUCAAUUGUAGAUGCAGAAGAAGUUAUUGGUAGAGACGGAGACAAAAAUGCUAUCUUAGACAUGCUGCUUACCUCCUGUUCCACGAACGAUGAUCAUGAGCAUCAGCGUGAGGUGCUCCCUGUCAUCACAAUUGUGGGAAUUGGAGGCCUGGGGAAGACAACUUUAGCUCAACUUGUAUAUAAUGAUCCUCUGGUUGAGGAGCACUUUGACUUAAGAUUAUGGGUGUGUGUUUCAGAUGUCUUUGACAUUAAGGUAAUCACAGAAAAUAUCCUUAAGUCAAUAACACUGAAAGAAACUCAAAAUUUAGAGAUAGAGCAGCUACAAGGUCAGCUACGGAAAGAAGUUGGUGCUGGAAAUGAAAUUGCUAAUAAAAGAUCAAAGAUGGAGCAGCAGGAUCAAUUGCACAAAGAAGUUGGUGACAAGAAAUACUUGCUUGUUCUGGAUGAUGUUUGGAAUGAAGAACGUGAGGAGUGGCUGAAGCUUAGGGCUCUUUUAAAGGUUGGUAGAAAGGGGAGUAAGAUCUUGGUAACUACUCGGUCGUUGAAGGUGGCGAAAAUAAUGGGAACGGUUCCUCCUUAUGAGUUGCAAGGCCUAUCAGAUGAGAACUCAUGGGAAUUAUUUCAAAAAAUGGCAUUUGAGCCUGGACAAGCUCAGCAGCAGCAACACUUAGUGGAGGUUGGAAGAGAAAUUAUAAAGAAGUGUGUGAACUGUCCUUUGGCCAUAAGAACUUUGGGGAAUCUUCUAUAUGGUGAGGAUGAAAACAAAUGGUUCUCAUUAAGAAAAAGAAGUCUUGCAAAGAUACCAGAGAACAAAAACGGCAUUAUAAAGAUUCUGAAGCUUAGCUACCAUCACCUCCAGUCUCCAUUGAAGAAUUGCUUUGCGUACUGCGCUUUGUUUCCAAAAGGCUAUGAAUUUGACAAGGAAACCCUGAUAGAUCUUUGGAUUGCUGAGGGAUUCAUUACUCCAUCUGAUAUUGAUGGAAGUGAGAAUCUAGAAGAAAUUGCUGAGGAGUAUUUUCUCACUUUGCUGCGAAGAUGCUUCUUCCAAGACAUCAAAAGAGAUGAAUGGGGAGCCAUGAAGAGCUGCAAGAUGCAUGAUUUGAUGCAUGAUCUUGCUCAACAAGUCGCUGGUGUCAAGUGCAAGGUAACCAAACUCGACGGAGGAGAACUGAAUGGGAAAAUUUAUCACUUGUCAGUAGACUACAGUUUGGAUCAGCGAUGGAUGAUCCCGAGUUGCACACCCAAUUUGGAACUUCUGCGUACAUUUCUUUUGCCUGAGCAGAUCAAAGACGGAUUGACCUUGAGCAAAUCUAUAUGUCAACAGUUAAUAUUGAGGUUUGGAUGCUUGAGGGUAUUGGAUCUUCACAACCUUGGGCUUUAUAGUUUACCCAAUUCAAUAGGUCGAUUAAUUCACUUAAGGUACCUCAAUCUCUCAAAGACUUGUAUUGAAGAACUCCCUAAGACAAUUACAAAACUUCAUAAUCUGCAAACACUAAAACUACAUAGAUGUUUGAGUCUUCGAAGGCUGCCCAAAAAUAUUAGGCAACUUGUUAAGCUCAGGAACCUUGAUCUUGGCAAAUGCGACGAACUAGAUUAUAUGCCUUCAGGGAUAGAAGAAUUGACUUCCCUCGAAAAACUACCUCUAUUUAUAGUUAAUUGCAAACAUCUAGGUACUGCUAGGUUCAAAGAUCUGAGGAACCUUGAAAAGCUUAGAGGAGUCUUGCACAUUAAAGUUCUUAGAGAGUUAAAAGAUCCAUUCUUAGAAGCAAGAGAGGCAAACUUGAGGGGCAAAUGUGGGCUAGUCGAGUUGUUUAUAGAAUUUUUAGAUUUGGAUGUCUAUCUGGAGUCAUAUGCCAAUAAUGUUAAUGGUGGUAACCAUGAUAAAGCUUUGCUGGAAGGUCUUACACCACAUUAUAAUUUAAAGAAACUGGGGAUUAAACAUUAUAGAGGUCAGUUCGUACCAAGUUGGGCGAAUAACUUGUGCGUGUCUCUUCCCGGACUUGUUGAGAUUGAACUUAGUUUUGGAAGAUGCCAGAAAAUUCCUAGUUUUAGCCAGCUACCCUCCUUGAAGCGCCUUACUCUUGUAUCUCUGAAAAGUGUGAAAUACAUGGAGAGUGAUCCUGCAUCCUCAACCUCUUCACUACUGACACCGACAGAACGACUAAUGUUUUUUCCAUCUCUUCGAGAGCUAAUCCUCAUAGGAAUGACCAGUUUGAAAGCAUGGUGGAAAGAAGCAUAUCUAGGGGUGGAGCAUCCUCUAUUAUCCAUGUCAUUUUCUCACCUUUCCAAAUUGGAUAUAGGUUUCUGUCCAAACCUUGUAAUCCUGCCACUUUGUCCUAAUGUGGAGGAACUGAUACUAGAAGGCACCAGCAGCACCCUUUCAGUGUUGGAGAUGGCAACAAAUACAUCAACGACAACCUCACCUUCAUCCUCAGGGUCUGGUUUGAAGUUGAAGAAGCUGAGAAUCGAUAAUGUGGAAGACCAACUUUUGUUACUACCAAAACAAAGUCUGCAUCACCUUGCUUCACUCUACGUCCUAGAUCCCAGGCUGGAAGACACUCUCCGACUAGGGGAAAUCUGCACAAGUCUGAUAUCACUCCGUUAUUUGGAAUUUUCCUUUUGUGAUAGCUUGAGAUGUAUUUCUAAAGGGUUAGAACAUUUGACUUCAUUGGAGGAGUUGGUCUUUCGGCAAUGUGAAAAGCUGGAUUUAUCCCUGCAUGAAGAACAAGAAGAUGAAGACAUGCCAUGGAAAACCUUCGAAACUAGUCUUCAUUCUCUUGUGUUCCAUAAGAUGCCUAAACUAUUGCGUCUUCCAAGUGGGCUUCAACACUUGACAAAUCUUCGUUCUCUGCAGAUAUCAGACAAUGAUGAACUGAUGGAAGUGCCAGAAUGGAUAAGUUGCUUUUCCUCACUUGGGUAUAUGGAAUUGUAUAAAUGUCCCAAAAUCACAUCUCUGCCAAACAGCUUCAGCAAGCUCACUGCCCUAAAUGAACUCCAAAUUGUAGGAUGUGAUGGAUUAACAGAAAGCUGUCGAAGUCCGAAUGGUAAGUAUUGGCCCAAGAUUCAACAUAUCCCUCUAAUUAUAGUUCGGACGAGCUAUAGCAAUUAA